AUCGGAGAGCUCGUACAGGGCCGUCCGGAUAGGCGCCGGGUGCGCAGGCGCAGCGACCCGAGUCCUUGGUGCGGCGGAGCUAGAUUUUGGCGGAGGUGAAAAUCGGCGGCGGCGGCGGCGGGGUCAUCCGCAAGGAAAAUGCAGAGCUGGAGCCGUGUGUCCUGCGCCCUGGCCAAGAGAGGCCAUUUUAGUCGAAUGCCUCAUGGCUUACAGGGGAUUUCUGCAGUUCCUUUGAGAACAUAUGCAGAUCAACCAAUUGAUGCUGAUGUGACAGUCAUAGGUUCUGGUCCUGGAGGAUAUGUUGCUGCUAUUAAAGCUGCUCAAUUGGGUUUUAAGACAGUCUGUGUUGAAAAAAAUGAAACACUUGGUGGAACUUGUUUGAAUGUUGGCUGUAUUCCUUCUAAGGCAUUAUUGAAUAACUCAUAUUUUUAUCACUUGGCUCAUAAAGAUUUUGCCUCUAGAGGAAUUGAAAUUGGAGAAAUCCGUUUGAAUUUAGAGAAGAUGAUGGAGCAUAAGAAUACUGCAGUAAAGGCUUUAACUGGUGGAAUUGCUCACUUAUUUAAGCAAAAUAAGGUCACCCGUGUGGAUGGAUUUGGAAAGAUAAUGGGCAAAAAUCAGGUUACAGCAGCAAAAUCUGAUGGCAGCUCUCAGGUUAUCAAUACAAAGAACAUUCUCAUAGCCACAGGUUCAGAAGUUACUCCCUUCCCUGGAAUCACGGUUGAUGAAGAAACAAUUGUAUCAUCUACAGGUGCUUUAUGCUUAAAAAAAGUUCCAGAAAAGCUGGUUGUCAUUGGUGCAGGAGUAAUAGGCGUAGAAUUGGGUUCGGUAUGGCAGCGACUUGGUGCAGAUGUGACAGCAGUCGAGUUCUUAGGACAUGUUGGUGGUAUGGGAAUUGACAUGGAAAUUUCUAAAAAUUUUCAGCGAAUCCUUCAAAAACAGGGAUUUAAGUUUAAACUAAAUACCAAAGUUACUGGGGCUACCAAAAAACCAGAUGGGAAAAUUGAUGUAGCAAUUGAAGCUGCUUCUGGUGGAAAAGCUGAAGUUCUCACUUGUGAUGUGCUUUUGGUUUGUGUUGGCCGACGACCCUUCACCAAAAAUUUGGGACUGGAAGAGCUUGGAAUUGAGCUGGAUCCCAAAGGUAGAAUCCCAGUCAAUAGCAGAUUCCAAACCAAAAUUCCAAAUAUCUUUGCUAUUGGAGAUGUAAUUGCUGGCCCUAUGUUAGCUCACAAAGCAGAAGAUGAAGGUAUCAUCUGUGUUGAAGGAAUGGCCGGAGGUGCUGUACAUAUUGACUACAAUUGUGUGCCAUCAGUGAUCUAUACGCAUCCUGAAGUUGCAUGGGUUGGUAAAUCAGAAGAGCAGUUGAAAGAAGAGGGUAUUGAGUACAAAAUUGGAAAGUUUCCUUUUGCUGCCAAUAGUAGAGCUAAGACUAAUGCUGACACAGAUGGCAUGGUGAAGAUCCUUGGUCACAAAUCAACAGACAGAAUACUGGGAGCACAUAUUCUAGGAUCAGGUGCUGGAGAAAUGAUAAAUGAAGCUGCCCUUGCUUUGGAAUAUGGAGCAUCCUGUGAAGAUGUUGCAAGAGUUUGUCAUGCCCAUCCGACUGUAUCUGAAGCUUUCAGGGAAGCAAACCUAGCUGCAUCUUUUGGCAAAGCAAUCAACUUUUAAAAUGAAAUAUACUUCUCUUCUGAAAUAUCUGAGAGAUUUUCGUGGAAGGCUUCUAAUGUAGAAGACUCACAGCUCUGAGACUUUUUAGGACUGAAUUAAGUCAUGUCUUUGUUCAGACAGUAAAUAUUUAAUAAACGGGUUUGGAUGAAGCCAAAUGAUCCCACAGCUAUAUAUUAAAUAAAUUUAAUAAUCAUUCAUUUUCUGUGCAUUGAGUACUGCAGAAUUAAAACUUUAAAGGACAGCAGGUAACUAUGAAUUUGGUAAGAAUUACAUAAGCUUUCUGUAGCAUUACAAAAACUGUUUAACUAUUUUCACCCAAAAGCAAUUGUUUCUUCUCUGAAUUCAGUCAGUUGAAUGUAUUUGCAUUGGUGUAGCUGGACUACAGUAUGUGAAGUUAGUUACAUUUAAAGAUAGGUGGAUGUCGUGACUUAUACUUGGUUUUCAUAUUGGAAACAAAAUGAAUAAAAAUUUCAAAUAUGUAAAAUAGAACAGUGUAAAUAUAGGAAAUAAAUGUUAAUCAUUUAAUUUUUAUUUAACUGUUGAAUUUUUACAAUCCAGAGAUAGAAAUGUUUGGGGAAAAACUGGAAUUUCCAAGGUCACAUCAUUGUAAAUAAGAGCUAUUAAGUACAUUCAGAUGACAUUGCUAUAAUCUAACACCAAGCUUUUGGGGUUUGGGAGUUAAUUAACUAAUUGAAGAUACCAAGUGUAUUAGGGCAGAAAGUAGAGAAGAAAAUAUGGUAAUAAAAUAAACUUAAAAAGUUUUCAUUCACUAAAAUGAGUUAUUACUAUCUCUGGAAUGUAAUUUUUUUAUAAAGUCUUAGAUUUUCCAAUUAAGUCUUGAAAAAGAACAA